UCUUUCCGUGCCAAGCAGCUCCUCGCCCUCAAGGAGAGCUCCGCCCAAGUCCAUGGUGGUAGCAGACCGAUCUCACCAUCCGCCGACCGCGAGCUCAGCAGACAAAGCCAGAGGAUGACUAUGAACGGGUACAACUAGAAUGCUCCCCAACACAGAAGAUACCCAGCCAUAUGGAGCAUUUCUAUUACCUACUGUCACCUCUGAUCUUGUUUAUUGUGCUUGCUGACUGCUGCUGAAGACCGCUGCCUCCACCUCCAAAUGCUGUCAUGAAAGUUGGUCCACCGCCAGGAGGAAGAACGACAGCUCCGAACACAACCGGUCCUGAUAUUCCUCGGGCUGGGCCUGGGACAGGCGGCACACCAUCCCACACUCGUGGUUUCGCCAGUCAAGAUGGUCUGUCGGAGGCAGUGAAGUUCGUGGAGUACUGAAAGAUUCGUUCCAUUCUUGUGCAUCUUUAGUGCGACACUUUCAGGGAGUGCGGUAGACGGGACCAGCAAAUGGUGAAGAGAUUGGAAGGGUUUGCGGCGACUCUGCUUUACUGAUACCAACACCAGCGAGCAUGUCUCUUUUGUUGUCGAUUUUCUUUUGGGAGAAGCGUGGAGUAUGAUGGGCGUGUAAUAGCAUAGUGCUAGUGAGAAAGUAAUUGUUCUUCCUC